AUGUCGAACACAGCCAACAGCAAGGAAGUCGCGCCGUCAAUUGACGUGAAGAACCUCUGCUAUGCCUUCCCCGAUGGCUCGAGUGGGCUGAAAGAUGUCUUCCUUGACCUGCCACCCGGCAGCAGAACACUUUUGAUCGGAGCCAAUGGCGCGGGUAAAACCACGCUCCUCCGUCUUCUCUCUGGCAAGCGCAUGGCCCCCUCCGGCACCGUCCACAUCGCAGGCAUCGACCCUUUCAAGAUGGGCCUCGAGGGCGUGACCUACCUCGGUCUGGAAUGGGUGCUCAACCCCAUCGUGCGUACCGACAUCGACGUGCCCACCCUCCUGUCCUCCAUCGGCGGCGACCACUACACCGAGCGCCGCGACGAACUCGUGCGCAUCCUCGACAUCGACCUCAGCUGGCGCAUGCACGCCGUAUCCGACGGCGAGAGGAGGCGGGUACAACUUGCCAUGGGUCUGCUGAGACCGUGGACCAUCCUGCUGCUGGACGAGAUCACCGUCGAUCUCGAUCUGUUGUCGCGCAGCAACUUCCUCAACUUUUUGAAGAAGGAGACGGAGGAACGACCUUGCACAAUCGUAUACGCGACGCAUAUUCUGGAUAACCUCGCAACAUGGCCCACACAUCUCGUGCACAUGAGCCUGGGCAAGGUGAAGAAGUGGGGUAGCACCGAGGACAUGGAUGUCAAGGUCGAGCAGGGCGAGCGCAUGUACACCGGAAACAGCCAGCUGGGUGAGCUGGUGUUGAAGUGGCUGCAGGAAGAUUUGACGGAGCGGGGACCUAGGAAUGGGAAGGGUGAGGGCGCGUCGUAUCAGAAUCUGGAGGGUAAGGGCGGUUAUGGCGCUGAGAAGAGGGUGGAGAAGGAGUAG